AUGGAGACGUAUUACGGGCACGUUCGCACACCUGCGGACGCUAUUAUUCUUUUCGAGGCUUGUCGGAUCGGCCUUCUACCUCGCGUGCAAAGACGAUUAUCGGAGAAAGAACGACAAUCGAUACGUUCCGGUUCGGUCUUUGUAUGGGAUGAGCGAGAAGCGGGUAUGCGGCGAUGGACCGACGGGAAGUCAUGGAGUGCCAGCCGUGUAUCUGGUAGCUUUUUGACUUAUCGCGAAAUGGAAGGCAAGCGCGGAGGUGGUAGUGUCUCUCAAGGCUCUGCGUCCCGAGGAGGCAAGACACCUGAGAGUCGGGGAAGUGACGAUGAGCGCGCCGAUGGAACAGACGAGGGACCAGAUGGAUAUCGUUACAAACCAGAUGGUUUGAUGAAGCAGUCUUUCAGUAUCACGACAUCCAACGGUCAACACUUGCAUCUGAUAAGCUACUAUUCACGGUCCCACCCUUCUGCCGCCAACCUACAACAACCCACUUCGGAUCCUGCGCUGCGUCAUGUUCGACCCCAGAAAGGUCUCUAUCCCGAAUCGACAGUUAAUGAUCAGCAAAAUCUCCCUGUCGUUACCCGUGGACCUAUGGCUGGCGCUGCUUACCCCAUUACUCCUCAUCCCCUCGGCGCAUACCCACGCGUCACCCAUGCACAGCCAUACCCUCCUGCUUAUGCUUGGCCGCCCACACCUCUCGCCACGCCACCGACUGUCUCGGUUCAGUAUGGCCCUGGCCCUUCAUAUCUCCCCCCGGUAGGUGCCAAUGGACAUCCUCAUUAUGGCCCGCCACAUCAUCAGCCCCCACCUCAUCAACAUGGCGGUGGACUCCCACCACCUCCACACGGGAUGACAGGCCCAUAUGAUCGUCCACCUCAUAUGGAAUCAACAUUACCUCCAGCUGGACCGCCGCCACAACAACAACCAAGCUACAUGAACCGGUCGCCACGCUCAAUGCACGACCAGGCUCACGCCCAUGCCCACGCCCAUGCUCAAGCUCAGGCCCACGCUCACCAGGCUCAAGCUCAAGCUCAAGCUCAUGCCCACGCUCACGAGCAACGCACUCCACCUGUCUACGGACAUGCGCUAGUUGAUACUCGCAUGUCAUCGCCGCGCGUGCCAGUCCAGUCCCUGGCGCAGUCAAAUGGACAUGCACACAGCCCUCACCUAGUGAAGCAAGAGCAUCCCGCCGCGUUACCCUCUCUCAACCCUAUCGCCGCGUCACCGAAGUCUUCCGAUCCCUCGGGUGCUGGAAAUGCAGUUCCCGGCAUCAACUCAUUAAUGAACGGUGCAGCGCUGGCCCCUCUUUCCUCAACUGCCUCUCCUGGUGGCCCUGCACAGAGCUCAAACGGAACCCCCGCACAGAGUUCUUUCGCCGAGGGGCCACGGGAUAUCCCCAAUGAGAAGAUCGGAUUCGGAGGCGAGGACACAAGGGCGCUACGCCAGCUGGACCGUGCCUUCAUUGCAUGA